AUGAGCAGCUACGAUGCUAUGAGUGCGGUGAGCAGCAACGGCGCUGUGAUGCCGGAGAUCAACUUGCACCCGAGGCUAAUGACUCACCGGCCCGAAAGCGACUCGUACACCGGCUCGGCACGUCACUCGUCUCGUAGCACCCGGGCGGUCCCCACGAACGCGGAACUGGCAUACGCGGGAGUAACGGCGCAAGACGGCGUGGUGCAGCAGCUUUCUUCGCGCAGUGAGGAGAGAGGGUCGCUGGCUGGGCCGCGCGAAGUGUCGGCGCAGAGUAACUCUGGCCACCGGGCCUUGAGGGCGAUCACAGCGUGCGGGUCGAUCGACGAGCCAUUGCAGCUUAGCGAACCGCACCAAGGCCGCGCCAUCCGUGACACCCCUCGCGAGCAGAAACCGCAGCAGCACCAGUCUCAGCCGACGCGCAGCAUAUCGCACGGUGUUGUGGCUCGAAACGCAGCCGGAGCCGGCAGCUCGCGCGAGCCGAUCCGCCCUGGCCGCAGCAGCUGCAGCUCCACCCCGCGAAUCCCAUCGAAGCACAACGACCCGUACGCGCACGUCACCUCCGUCGUGCAGGAGUACCGCCAAAGUCGCAUCAAUGCCCUGGAGGCGCAGUACAGGGUGGCGCACACUCACUCUAACACAUCCGUUUCACAGGGUUAUGAUACAAGGCAGAGUCAGAGCGCGUCGCCGCGCUCGUUGGAGGCGAGGCGCAACGCUUCAGCACACAGUCGGGCAUCUGCGCGUCCCAGAGAUGGAUCGUGGCGGAUGUCUUCCGUGUCGUCUCGCACUCGGCAGAACUCUCCGCUGCCACGGGCGGUGGAGGAAGAGUAUCUCCGUGGUGGUGUGCCCCGCGCCGCCCUCGAUGCCCCGCACAUUCGCUACGCUGAGGCGCUGUACAACAUGUACAACUCCUCCUCCUCCUCUGCCCGGCGCCUCGCGUGCAUGUCUUCUAUGUCGAGCAACAUGACGACCGAGUACGUGCCAGAUGUGGCAAAGCGGAUACCAGACCGCUUCAAAUACGUUCCACCCACAGAGGAGGAGCGGCGGCUCCAUCGCGAGGCGACUCUGCGCGCCCUCGAGGAAUGGCGUAGGCGGCAGUGUGCCCGAGAGAAUGCACACUGCAAAGGCAGCGAGGACAUGGCCGCCGGCGGCGCCGCGGUCGAACUGCGCAACCGAAAUCCACCCAAAAACCAGUCUGGCACCCGCUCUCAGCAGCCGCAGCAGGCUGGCCACGAGGAGGCGGCAGCUUGGGCGCUGCAGAAGGGAUUUGACAACACUUCUGACUCUUUCUCUGGCCAAGCAAGGGACUCUUUCACGCCCUCUAAGAAGUGCAGCGCAAGAAAGGCGAAGAAGAUCAGGAGUGCGGCCGAGCAGCGCGAUGACUACCCCACGAACGAGGGCGCAGGGGAGUGGGAGCGGCCGCAAUCAUCUGUGGGAAAGCGGUCUGGCACGCUGAUUAGUCGCCGUCAGAACGGCGCUGGCUUGCGAGCCUCGUCGCGCAAGGGUCGCAAGUCCCCAACGGAGUCAGCUCGUGUCGAAGACGGCAUGAAGCUGAACUCCUUCCGCGAAAAGCUGCUGUUUGACAUAGCUCCCCCUACCGUGUCCAUCGCAUAG